AUGGGCGAUCGACUAACACAACUGCAAGAUGCUGUAGAUCAGCUGGCCACGCAGUUCGUUGCAUGCCUCCACUAUGUCAACAAGCGACAUGACCUUGAAACACUAGUUGAUUCACUUCCCCCAGAUGAGUUUCGAGCUGGUAUGGUAGAGUUGUCACAGGAUCUCAUUGUCAAAGAGCAACAAAUCGAGGUCCUCAUCUCAUCUCUACCCGGUUUAGACAACAGUGAGAUGGAUCAGGAGAAAUACAUCAAAGAGCUUGAAGAAGAUCUGAAGAUUGCUGAAGCCCAACGCCAAGAAGCAAUCAAGGAGAAGGAUCAGAUUUUGUCUGAGCUUGACAGUGUUAUUCGCAGCAUACGACGGCCAUGA